AUCAAGAUAACUUAUUCUGUGGGUUAAAUUUUUUUCUAAAGAUAAAAAAAAAAACUCUUAUUGAUCAGAACUUAAACCCGCAUCCGUUGGGUCAUGCAGGCUUUGUUUUGAUUUGGGGUUAUUUUGCGCACCGUAUUCCCAAAAAGAAGCCUAGAGAAGUGAGCAGUGAUGUUACUGGACGCCGGUCACCUGGGUCCUUUCUCCCGGCAUCACCACGCAGCGGAGUCACACGACAGGGACGCGAGUUUUGCAGAAGCGGCGCAUGUGGGCGCCUUCAAGCUGAGCCAUGGUGAGUUGUCUCCGGGUCAGGGAGGGGCCUUCGGAGCCCAGGCUUCAGGCUACGCGGCUCUGGGCGCGUCAUACGGAGGCUCCGCGUUCGGCUCGCCCCGAGACUUCCUGCUGCGCGGACGCGGCUUUGCGGAUCCAGAGCGCGGCCUCUUCAGCCCGGCGACCGGAGCGCUUCACCCCUCGCACGCGGACCCACAGAGUCAUCUGCUGUUCCCGGGAUUCCACGAGCAGCACAGUUCAACCAACAACGCGCUGUUCGCGAGGCCGGACCAGUACCACCACCACCACCACCACCAGGUUUCCAACGCGCGGCCGGACCCCUACGGCCAGUACGGCUUGAACGUCGCGGCCGCACAUCACCAUCACCCGGCAGCGUUCUUCCGCUACGUCCGGCAGCAGUGCGUAAAGCAGGAGCUCGUGUGCAAGUGGCUCGAACCAGAGCGCGAGAAGCGCCGCUGCGGCAGAACCUUCGGCACCAUGCACGAGCUGGUAGCGCACGUCUCCACGGAGCACGUCGGCGGACCCGAGCAAUGCAACCACAUGUGCUUUUGGGAAGAAUGUCCUAGAGAGGGCAAGGCCUUCAAGGCCAAAUACAAACUGGUCAACCACAUCCGCGUGCACACCGGAGAGAAGCCCUUUGCGUGUCCGUUCCCGGGAUGCGGCAAAGUCUUUGCGCGAUCCGAAAACCUGAAAAUACACAAGAGGACGCACACAGGAGAAAAGCCAUUCCUGUGUGAGUUCGAGGGCUGCGACAGACGCUUUGCCAACAGCAGCGACAGGAAGAAGCACAUGCAUGUGCACACAUCUGACAAGCCAUACCUGUGCAAACUGUGCGACAAGUCCUACACACAUCCCAGCUCCCUGAGGAAGCACAUGAAGGUUCACGACGAGCAGUCCAGUCCAGUGAACGAGUCCUCGCCGACUGGAAGCUCCGGCUACGAGUCGUCCAGCCUGGUGUCGCCGUGUUCAGAGACUCAGAGCACCAGCAUGUCUCCAGACUCUGCCGUGCUGAACAGCAGCAGUCACAGCAGCAUAGCGUCCAACUUCAGCGAGUGGUACGUGUAGGACCUCGUUAUGAACUCUUUCCGCCCAGGCUUGUGACCAAAACUGUCAAGAACUGCAAAAAGGGACGCAGCCGGACUUCACUGAUCAACAAUGUAGACAAUCCUCUAAAAGAUAGUGAUAUUGUUUCAAAAAAUAUAAACGCAUACUGUGAUAAGUUAUGGACAAUUACAGGUUUCAUUACCUACCCUCUCUGUGAUGUUUUUAAUGCCUCCUGUGAUGACAAUGCUACUGUCAUUUCUCCAAUUGAUGGUUCAUCACUUUUUCCAAAAUAUUUGUGGAUUUUUCUCCAUAAAAUGUCAUUUCUGUCGAUUAAAAUGUUCACUGUAAAAUCUCUGAUUCUAUUCAGAGUCAAAUGUACUGUAUAUAUAAA